GCUCCAUCUCGCCAGGCGCAGGCCCGACGAGGGGCGGCGCUCACCGCCGACCCGUGAAGCCUCCGAGGCGGCCAAGGGCUCUACGCGAGCCCGCUAGAAGCCCGACCCGCAGGCCUCGCUCGCUGCUUACCUCGACCGGCCGAAUGAGCGGUCAGAACGGCGACGCGGCCUGCUUCUUACCGCAUCGCCUUCGCCUCCAAACAAACAAUCACCGACCCUGUCCGAUCCGACGGCGGUUCCGAGCGUCAGUCGAAAUCCACAACGACGCGAGACAUGAAAGUCAAAAGUACGUCAAAUCCCGCAAAAACAGCCCAGCAAAAGUUGCAAAAGGUCCAAAGUCAGCAGGACGGAUCCAACUUUGUCAUCGAGUCCGAACACACUUUGUUGACUUUUGGGGCUCUAGAGCGCGGUGCUAAAUUGGUGCCGCCACGGCGGCGGAACCGGGCCAGGGGUGCAGUCCCCCGGGUGCCGAAGACGCUGCCAGAACGUCUUGAACAUGUUCGGAACCAGCUGCAACUUUGACGACUCAAAACAGAUUUCGGAGGGCGGAGAAAAGAAACCCAAAAAAAAGCUUCGUCCUCAGCUGACACAGCGAUCGGCGCACUCGUGUGGUCACAUGGAGAACUGCAGCAAGAGCGCUGGAAAAAGUGAACACUUUCUUCUUUCUUAGUUGCCACUUGUGUGUGAGCACGUAUUUGUACUUGGUUCCUUCCCAACCAGCGCUAGCCAGCUAGCUAGCUAGCUAGCAGCUCCGGUGAGCUCGCAGGCCAGCGGCCCGUCCAUGGCGCCUCUGCGGGUGUUGUGCUUGCACGGCUACCGGCAGAACGGCGCCUCGUUCCGGGAGAAGACCGGUGCCCUGAGGAAGCUUCUCAAGAAAAACGUCGACUUUGUGUACGUGGACGCGCCGCAUUUACUCGAACAAGCCCAGGAGAGCGCCGGCGCCCGGGAAGGCGGCGAGGACCCGGACCGUCGAGGCUGGUGGUUCUCGGACCCCGGCGCCCGGACCUUCAGCGCGCAUCUGCGCUGCGACGAGAGCUCGGGCCUGGACGAGAGCGUGGCGGCCGUGCGGCAGGCGGUGCGGCGCCACGGCCCGUUCGACGGCGUCUUGGGCUUCAGCCAGGGCGCCGCCCUGGCGGCCGUGUUGUGCGCGCUGCAGGAAUCCCAGCGCGAGCCGGACUUCGCCUUCCGCUUCGCCAUCUUGGUCGCCGGCUUCCGCAGCGCGUGCGCUCAGCACCUCAGCUUCUACUCUGCGCCGCUGGGGACGGCGUCCCUGCACGUCUUCGGCCUGGAGGACGGCGUGAUUCCCGCCGACAUGAGCCGCGAUCUCCUCCCGCUCUUCCGAGACCCGCACGUGCUCACGCAUCCCGGCGGCCAUUUUGUGCCGGCCGCUUCCGCCCACAGACAAAACUACCAGAACUUUCUGGAGCGCUUCCGGUGACGGAAGGCCGAGACGCAGCGCUCCGUUGUGUCAGUGAAACCGCAUGAGACGCAAUAAAUGGUUUCGUGUCUCACUU